AUGGCUUUUCACUUAUGUGGUCACAUAUAUUGCUUCUCCAUUUUGUUUUCCCUGUUUGCCAUAGCCUCUCCUCAGCUAACUUCAGAUUGCUAUGAAACAACAUGCCCCCAAUCCCUCUCUAUCAUCAGAUCCGCAGUGAUCAGUGCAGUUUCCAAAGAGCAUCGCAUGGGGGCAUCCUUGCUCCGUCUUCAUUUCCAUGAUUGCUUUGUCAAUGGAUGUGAUGCAUCUGUUCUAUUAGAUGACACUUCGACCUUUACUGGAGAGAAGUCAGCUGGUGCAAAUGUGAAUUCUCUUAGAGGUUUUGAUGUAAUUGAUGACAUUAAAACUAAAGUGGAGGCUGCUUGUCCUGGAGUUGUUUCUUGUGCAGAUAUUCUAGCUAUUGCUGCCCGUGAUUCCGUUGCUGCAUUGGGAGGUCCAUCAUGGAAUGUUGGGUUAGGCAGAAGAGAUUCAACCACAGCAAGUAAAGAUGCUGCCACUAAGGAUAUCCCAUCCCCACUAAUGGAUCUUAGUGCCCUUAUAUCUGCUUUUGCAAAUAAGGGGUUUAACACCAAGGAGAUGGUUGCACUCUCAGGUGCUCACACAACAGGGCAAGCCAAAUGUCAGUUUUUCCGAGGCAGGAUUUAUAAUGAAACCAUCAUUGAGUCAAAUUUUGCAACAUCACUAAAGUCAAACUGUCCAAGCACUGGUGGUGACAGCAACCUUUCCCCACUUGAUGUCACAACCAGUGUUAUAUUCGACAAUGCUUAUUUCACGAAUCUAGUUAAACAAAAAGGACUUCUACAUUCAGAUCAGCAGUUAUUCAGUGGUGGUUCUACGGACUCUAUGGUCACUACCUAUAGCAACAACCCUCAAAGUUUCUAUGCAGACUUUGCUAGUGCUAUGGUGAAAAUGGGAAACCUUAGCCCUUUAACAGGGAAAAGUGGCGAGAUUCGUUCUAACUGUCACAAAGCUAACUAA